UUUUGUUUAUUGCCCUUGAACUGUCCGCGACUUUUACUAAAAAUAACCAUGACAAAAUCGUAGCCUUAGUUAUAGUGAACAGGUGAUCAACUUUCCACAAGCUGUCAACACUGUAGCAAGGUGUCUUCUAAAUUCAUUGAACUCACUACCUGCAGUGGUUAUGUUGCAUCACAAUACAGUGGAUGGACAGGUGAGCCCUUUCCUCCCCUUAAGCCAGUCUCCCGCAGCCAGCCCUGUGUUUUCACUUAAGCUGGAUAACACAGAGCUCAGCCUACUUGAGCAAUGAAAUUUGUGACCCUCCAAUUAGUGUUUGCACUGGUGUGAGGAAAAUAUAUUUGAAAAAAAUCUUAACUCUAAGUUAAUGUAACGAGAUGUGUUUGUGUGGCAGUUAUCAGCAGUCCCAUGCAAAAAGCUUGUAUUAAUUUCCAUGGGUUUAAAAAAAAAAAAAGCUUAACCAGGAGGCAGUCCUGUAGUGGAUAGAAGUGCAGCUGCUGAUGAGACUACUUUAUCCUUAAGCAGCUCUACAUGACUGCUUCUCCGUUGUAGGAUAAAAUCUGACCAAAAGAAAGUGCAGCUUCUGGUGGAGAAGGUUUUAUCUAUACGCACCCAGCCUCAUCAAUUAGCUAACAAGAUCCCUAAAUCCUAUUUAACUACCUGUGUGCACCAGAUCUACUUGGGACCCAACUUGCUACUAAGUUUUCUGUAGAGAGUCAAUGUUUUUGUAAGAUUUCUGUCAACAAUGAAAACUAAAAUGGCUAUGGAUAAAUUUCAGCCAAAGUCCAAUUUAAAAGAUUUCCAAUUAAAAACUGUAAAGUGAAGCCAAACAAAAAUUCAACAGGCAUAGAAAUUAAUACUGAAAUUUCACACUGAUAGGGCAUCUGCUUUUGGAGGGAGUGGGGGAACAGUGUAUAUACCUUUCUAGCCUAUUUCAGAAAGCAACCCCUUCUGUGGAGCCACUACUAACUACUUUGAUGAUCUUGGUGGUUCAUGUCUAGAUUUUAGUUUUCCAGAUACUCACAGGUGGAGAAAUUAUGUUGAAUACUAAAUUUGGCACUCCUGCUUUUACCUCUGUCCCUUGUGUAUUUGUCUUUCCCCACUCCAGUAUUUAAUUUCUCUUGGGGGAAGGUGUCUUUGUUUCCCUCUUCAUUGAUUUUUUUUUUUGUCUUUCCCUUUUUUCCUCUGCUUCCCCCCACCUCCUCCCAGGAUCAGUAGCAGGAAUACUGCUAAGCUCAAGUGUGGAAGUGUAUAGUAAACAGAUCCAUAGGUAAAUUGCCUCUGUGCUUGAGUGCUAUGCUUCUUUGUGGCAGUUUAUAUUGCUACCAAUUCUGCAAAAGUCCACUACUCAAGGUCCUUUGAGUGAAUUAGUAAUCAGGAGGCAUCAUGGGAAUACUUAUGAGUAGCAGGAAGGCAAGAAUAUAUGGCAGAACUGCCAUACAUAAACAUUUUGAUGAAAACCAUGGAAAGUAUCCUCAUGCAGCCUAGGUAAGUAAUGGUUGUGGAGCCAUCAUUAGUGUUAAUGUCUUAAUUUUUAAUAAGCACGUAUGUCUCUUUUUACAGCCUUAUGUACAUUAGAUUUAAGAAGUAUGUAUUUAUUUCCUUUUCAUUUUGUGACUCUUCUUUGCUUCUUUAUCCUUGCAGUGGUUUUAAUCAGUGAUUGGAUUCAAGAUUUAGAUCUCAUGAGGUGUAAUGCUACCAUAUCCUCAGUGUGGUAUGGCAUGCAAUAUCGCCAUUCGUUUAUACCGAGGAGCCAAAAAAUGAGUUUACAUGUAGUGAGGACUUACUGCUCAUCAGUACCUAAGAAGCCUGAGACUAAGCCAGCAAUGGAAAUAGCCAUGGUACUUUUUCAUCGGAUGACGGAAGUAGGGAAAGUUUUGGGAAAAAACUCCCUCAAAAGAAUCUCUACAACGGUCAAAAGUUGGUGGGAUAGAUAUGAAGAGUUUGUUGGUCUUAAUGAAGUUCGAGACGCUCAAGGAAAAGUGACAGAGGCUGAAAAAGUGUUUAUGGUAGCUCGAGGGAUUGUACGAGAAGCUCGUGAGAGCAUAGAAGCCCAGCAAAUCAAACUGAAGGAAGUUCGCGAUCGUUUGGAUCGAGUAUCCCGGGAAGACACCCAGUACUUGGAACUGGCUACCCUGGAACACAGGUUGCUGCAGGAAGAGAAGAGAUACCGAACUGCCUAUUUAAGUGCAGAGGAAUCUGAGCGGGAAAAAUUCUCUCUCUUCUCUGCAGCUGUGAGGGAAAGCCAUGAAAAAGAGAGAACAAGAGCAGAAAAAACAAAGAACUGGUCCAUUAUUGGUUCUGUACUGGGAGCUAUUAUCGGUGUCCUUGGUUCCACCUAUAUUAACCGAGUAAGGCUGCAAGAAUUAAAAGCCUUAGUUCUUGAAGCACAGAAGGGACCGAUAAGCUUACAGGAGGCUAUCAAAGAACAAGCAUCAAGCCACUACAUACAACAGAAGGAUCUCAGUGACCUCAUUGUGACCCUGAGGAACAUGUUGGAAGCUGGGGCUGGGACAUCACAGGAAAUGAAAGAAGAUGUUUCCUUAGCUAAAGAAGGCACAACUGCAUCAUUAAAAACAGACCCUCUUUUAGUUUCUUUGAAAGAACAUCUAAACUACUCUAAACAAGUCAGUUCCUGCAUGGGGAGAUUACAACAGCAGUUUAGCACCCUGGAAAAAAGUUUAGGACAAAUGACUGCUGAGGUACAAAAUGUUAAACAUGCAGUUCAUUCUAGACCUGUGGAAAGAAUGGUGCUUGGCUCUUCAGCUGAGGUAAAGGGUCAGGCCUUAGCCAUGCAGGAUGUGAUUCUAGAAUUGUGUGAUGCAGAGCGGCGACUGGAAACACAAAUCAAAAGAAAUUCAAUCUUUAGCACUGCACUAACCUGCACUGUGUUUGCUGUUACUCUUCCUAUGCUAUACCUUUUAUUGAAAGGAAAUUAGUCUCCAAUAGAGAGAAACAUAAUUUCCUAGGUUAAUAAAAUUACAUUUGUACUCUAAACACUGGGAGUUAGUGCUAGUUAAAAAUCUGUAUUAACAGUUUCUAAUCUUGCUUUCUCCAUAAUUCAUAGAAAUGGAAAACACAUUUGAACAUUUAGUCCUUCCCCCGGGCAGGCUUACUUUUUGCAUUAUUUUUUUCUCUCUCUAGUGCUUUGUACAGUCGCGUUUAAAUGUCUCAAGCAAUGGGAGUUCCACAACUUCAUUUUGGUAGAUUCUUCUGCCAUCAUCUUUUCUAGUUUAUUCUGCAAUCCUGUAGAGUUUAUUCUAAGAGACUGUUUCUCAUGUUCAGAUGAAUUUUUUUUUUAACUUUUCAUUAUUUGUGUUUAUACCCUUUGGCUUCCAUAUAUAAUUCCCUCCCAUUCAAUCUUAUUACUUAUCUUACUGAUUUUUCAAUUUGUCCAUACCCAAAACUCUGCUGGGAAAUUUACCAAACAAAUAAAAAUGUCUACCAUGAAGAUUUUUAUCUAAAUUUUAAAUAUGGUAGAGUGAGUGGAAGUGACAAACAAUAGGGAUGGGAUGUCCAAGGAAGGAUGAAGGUUACAGGAAUAUGAUCCUGUGAUUAUCCAUUCAAGGUGUGUGUACAGCUUGAGGGUGCAAUUAAAAUAUUUUUGGUAA